AUGGACGUCGACAAAGAAGAAGUAGACAAAGUCAUAGAAGACGAAAUCACUCACAAAUUAGGUCAAGAUCUGCUGCAGAGCCUCGAGAAGAAGUUUCAGGUUGAUUUGCAAAAAUCAGUAGAUAUGGUGCUCUUAAAAAUUAAGAUAUUACUAAAGAACGGUACGACACACAUCCAAGAAAAGUUAGGGGAGCUUCAAGAAAUGCUUGAUGUAAUAAGACGUAAUGGAGAGAAAGAGCUUGAUCAAUGUUUGAUGAUGAAACAAAACGAAACCUCGAUGCUAGCUGAGAAGGCACUUCAUCAGAUGGUUGUCUGCGGAUAUGCACUGAUCGGUCACGAUCCUGCGCAAGCAGUGCACAGCGUAAUGGCUCUCAAGAACAUGAUCCGAGAAGGAAUAAAACCGAUAUAUGAUCAGAAAGGUGAAGUUUAUGUUCUGCUGAGAGUCUGCGGGCACGACCACGACACCCUGAAGAAGGUCAUCAAAUGCGUCAUCUCGAAGUCACCUAUAAUAAAAUCAGCCAUGAUGGAGAUAACAGGAAAACUUAUUGAAGGUGUUGUCAGUCUCACGAAACUAAUGGCGCAUGGUGCGAUGCACGAAGCUUGUCUCAUUGAAGUAAUAAAGUCGAUAGAAGAUGAAGCUUUCUUACUAGUUGACGAUAUUAGAACCUGUGUUUACAGUAACAAUACUUUAACUGACGAAGCUAGUCUUUUCAUAAAAGAAAAUAAUGCUACAGUUCUUGAUAUAUCUAGGAAAGAAAAACGCGCUAAAGAAGUUAAUAUUGGAAAGAAAGAUGAAGAUAUGAAAGAGAUAAUACGAAGGAUGCUAGCUGCAAAUAAAGGACAAAAUUUGGAUUCAUCUUUUAAAGACAAACUGCUAAAACUUACUAACGAUUUAAAUGCGGUUGAUACCAAUUUAAUUGAAAAAAGCACAAAGAAAGAUUAA